AUGGCUCCACCAGCUGCCACCGCCGGGCAAUCGCUCCAAGAGCGCUUGUUGACCGUGGCUCAGACGCUCCAGUUCGCUUGGUUCAUCGGACACGUCACUCUGCUGUUCUCCACCAUCCGAUACAGCUUGAGCUAUGUUACCUUCAAGUACUACAGCCGCUGGGCACAGUUCAGCUACCGCACAGCCUUCGUGGCCGCCGCCGUCACCUACGGAAUCGUCGUCUUCAAGGGAUACCGCGCACGCGCUAAGAGUGGAAAGGCGCAGGCGAGCCCGUUGGCCAUGGCUGGAGAUGAAAACGUUCAAUACUUGGCAAUGGCCUUGACUUGGCUAUUCUCGAAGCAAUACCCUCUCGCCAUGCUUCCGUUCACCAUCUACAGCACCUUCCAUGUGCUCACCUACACCCGCUCGGUACUCCUUCCAACCCUCCAGCCACCACCAGUCACCCCCGCUGGCCAGAAGCCCGCUUCUUCCGGUCUCGGCGACACCAUCGGCCGCUUCGUCAAGGACUACUAUGAUGCCAGCAUGUCGUUGGUCGCAGGCCUCGAACUGGCAUUGUGGUUCCGCAUUCUCGGCUCUGCCAUCCUCUUUCAGAAGGGCAGCUGGAUCAUCCUCGCGCUCUACACCGUCUUCCUCCGUGCUCGCAUCAGCCAGAGCACCUUCGUGCAAGGCACAAUCAAGCAGAUCGGAUCUCGAGGCGAUGCUCUCGUCAACCGCCAGGACAUGCCACCGGCCGCUCGUCAAACCUGGGAGACUGCCAAGAACGUGCUCAAGCAGGUGCACGACCAGACCGACAUCAACCGCUACCUUGGAAACGCUCCCGCUCAGGCGCCGAAGAAGGCCCAGUAA